GCUCGAUCCGGCUCGCCCGUUCUCGGCGAGACGGCGCUCGAUUGAACCGGUCUGUUCUUCCGCGGGCGGGAGGCGGGCUCGCAGCGGCCGCUCCAAGGCCACGGCCGCAGCGUCGUGCGCACGCGCAGCAGAUGGAGCCGUCAAUGGAGCCGUCCGGAGGGGAGCAAGAGCCCCGAGCCGUGAGGCUCCUGGACCUGCCCUGGGAAGACGUCUUGCUCCCGCACGUCCUGCGUCUCGUCCCGCUGCGCCAGCUGCUCCGGCUGCAGCGCGUCAGCCGGGCCUUCCGGGCGCUCGUGCAGCUGCACCUGGCGGGGCUGAGGCGCUUCGAUGCGGCGGAGCUGGGCCCGCAGAUCCCGCGGGCCGCCUUGGCAUGGCUGCUGCGGGACGCCGAAGGGCUGCAGGAGCUGGCGCUGGCGCCCUGUCACGACUGGCUUUCGGACGAGGACCUGCUGCCCGUGCUGGCGCGGAACCCGCAGCUGCGGAGCGUGGCGCUGGCCAGCUGCGGGCAACUGAGCCGCCGCGCCCUGGGGGCUCUGGCCGAAGGCUGCCCCCGCCUGCAGCGCCUGUCGCUGGCGCACUGUGACUGGGUGGACGGGCUGGCCCUGCGCGGCCUGGCCGAUCGCUGCCCUGCCCUCGAGGACCUGGACCUCACGGCCUGCCGGCAGCUCAAGGACGAAGCCAUCGUGUACCUGGCGCAGAGGCGCGGGGCCAGCCUCCGCAGCCUCUCACUCGCCGUCAACGCCAACGUGGGGGACCCCGCCGUCCAGGAGUUGGCCCGCAACUGCCCGCAACUGCAGCAUCUUGACCUGACCGGUUGCCUCCGCGUCGGAUGCGACGGCAUCAGGACCUUGGCAGAGUACUGCCCAGCGCUCCGUUCGCUGCGAGUCCGACACUGCCACCAAGUGGCCGAGCCCAGCCUGAGCCGCUUGCGGAAACGGGGAGUGGACAUCGAUGUGGAGCCACCGCUGCACCAAGCCCUGGUGCUGCUGCAGGACAUGGUCGGCUUUGCACCCUUUGUCAACCUGCAGGUCUAACCAACUCUCCAGGGACACAGCUGGACUGUGUGGCCAGGCCUAACUGUAAGCUGGAGGGAAACCGAACUAUGGGGGCUGAAGCCUGGCCCUAUCUGGAGCACCCAAUAAAGAGCUUUUUACCCCUUU